AUGCCAGCGCCAACAAGAAACCAUCCCCGGGCUCUUGAGUCUCACAAUUAUGGCCCAAAGUGUCGUUUGGCGCCUGUCGUCCGCCCUUUCGCCCCAGGUGGUGGUGGUGGUGGUGUUGACGCGAUCCCGCCUGUCGCCGCCCAGUUCUUCUACACCUCACCGAUACCCAUAGACGAUCCUCUAUCAACAGCCAAAAUCGCCGGCUCUUCUGACACCAAGUCAGCCAGCAACAAGCCGCAGCCUUUCUCUGAAGGCGACAAUAACGCAUUGGAGAAGGCAUGGUUGGGUCUUGCCUCUGAUGACUAUCGCCGUAAUCACAACCAAGCACGACGCAACCGAAGCCCAAGUCCAUCCCUCGCCCAAGCAAACGCUACCAGGCUGCAAGAGAUUGUACAUGACUUGGCAGUGAAACAUAAGGAGAAACAUGCAAGAGAGGGCCCUGGCCGUGAAAACAUGCCCGGUGUCGUAGAUACUCUACCAGAUGCCGAUACAGUGUUACCGCUAUGCUGUUCAGAUCUGCUGCCAGACGUGGGUAUUCAGCUACGAACUUCCUUUUGUGCUGUGGCGCGGAGGCAAUAUAGCGUAUUGGACCGAGAUAGAGUUGCCCAAGACGUCAUGAAGCAAAUGGAAAGCUUGGAAACAGAUUUGACCGCGACCGUCAUAAAUCAACAGGGCCCGACUUCAGAUGCGUCGAGAGGCCGAGGCCGAGGCCAAGGACGAGGCAGGUCUUUGGCAAAAGGCCCAUCUUGGCUACAAGAAAAUCACAACGCCCCUUUGGAGCGCCUUCCGAGGUCUGAUUCCCGACCGUCAAGCCGGAUGAGCACAGAGGCAUCGAGCCGACAGGGUUCUCGUGCUCGAGCUCAAUCAUGGCUUCCGUCGCAGACUUCUCUGGGUGAUGAUGCACAUGGAGCCUUGCGCUCUGGUGGCCAAGAUGAUGGUAUCACUGGGAAACCGUUCCUGAGAGUAGGUAGCCCAGAGGUGAUGCAGUUUCCGAUCUCAAACUCUCUCCCUACUUCUUCAUCCGACGUGAAAGCAACCGAUAAGGAGGUGAAAGACGACCCGGUCACAGACGUCAGGGCGUCACAUCCCUCCCUGCCAAGACUGCCUUCUACACUACCAGAACGAGAAACGAGGACAACACGAAGUGGUACGACCAACGUGCCAGUCGGUGUUUCGCGGCUACACGAGGUUUCAUUACCUGCAUUGCAGAUGAAGCCCAUCUACUGGUCUCCUGUCAAUGAUAUAGCUGCCGUGCUCCGGGCUACAUGGUUCUACAAGGACAACAUGGAGCCUAUCGAUCCCACUGUGGCGAAUCAACUUGAGGCAGGCUAUCAGGAUCUCAAGCCAUAUACAGAGACUUGGAAUGAUGAACUCCGUUGCGCGGUCGAAGUCGGGCCUCUUGGAGAAGAAAAGGUAUCCCAUCCUCUUUGGUCCAGGCCACCACAAACCAAACCCAAAACCAAGGAAAAAGAUAUUGUACAAGAGGCAGUCAUUUCAAGCAAUCCUUUCUGCGCGGCUCGCUGCUUCAAGGGCGAAGCGGCUGCUCAGGGCAGCUUGCUCCACUCCUCAAACGAAGAUAAUUCUAUUGAGAUAGAGUCACACCGGAAAUAUGAGCAGUACCACGUUAUUUACAAGGAUGCUAGUCUGGCAUUUCUUCUCAAGCCCAGCCUGAGACCUUCGGCAUAUUACGGCCGGCGCCCGGUGGCAAAGAUCAUGAAGAAUUUCAAUAUUGGCAUCCCAGUGGUUCGGGGGUUCGAUCGGGAAGAGUAUGAAAAGAUACAUGCAAAGAAGACUACCCCUCAUAGGACGAUACCAGCUAGGUCAGCUGCCAGCGAGGCACCAGAAAGUACCGGUCAAGAUGUGUGUCCGGCAUGCAAGCAUGCGAAAGAACGUGGGCAAGUAACCGACCUGAUUCUCGUCGCGCACGGCAUUGGACAAAAGUUGGCAGAACGAGUUGAGAGCUACCACUUCACGUUUGCUAUCAAUACUUUUCGAAGAAUGAUUAACGUCGAGCUGGGCUCAGAAGCCGUCAGGGAGGUCCUCCGUGAUGGACAGAAUGGUAUCAUGGUUCUCCCAGUCAACUGGCGACAAAACCUGUCAUUCGAAGAAGGUGGGCCCAUGAAGGAACGAGACAAGGCCGAAUACAUGCCAGAAGGGUUUGGACUCAAAGAUAUUGAGCCCAAGACCAUUCCUGCCGUGCGAAGCAUGAUUUCGGACAUUAUGUUUGAUAUCCCAUUCUACAUGUCACACCACAAGCCCAAGAUGAUCUCAGCGUUGGUCGGUGAAGCAAACCGAGUCUAUAGGCUUUGGUGUCGUAAUAACCCUGGAUUUGCCGAGAAUGGCCGUCUGCAUCUGAUCGGCCACUCUCUGGGGAGCGCCAUGGCCCUGGAGAUCCUUUCAAAGCAACCAACGAUUACGCCGCCACUGAAUCUUGACUCAAACAUACGACUGGAUCGAUUCGAAUUCGACGUGAAGAACCUGUUCCUUCUGGGCAGCCCGGCAGCGUUCUUCUUGCUGCUGGAGCGAGGCGCAUUGAUCCCUCGGAAGGGGCGACAAAAGCCAGGCGCAGAUCCUUCGGAUACAUCUUCGACUGAUGUCGCUGGCGAAGCCGGACUGUUCGGAUGCCUAGCCGUUGAUAAUGUUUACAAUGUACUCGCUCGCGAAGACCCAGUGGCCUAUUUGUUGAACGGAACCAUAGAUCCCAAAUACUCUGCCAGUCUCAAGACAGCCUAUGUGCCCAGCGUCAACACCACUCUUCUGCAGUCCGUGGGCCAUGCUGUCCGCAGCUGGGUUCCGGGCGCAGGCCCGACCACGACGAAUGUCGACAAUCCGGCACUUGUCAAGCCGCCCACUUUACGUCUUCCCUCCCAGCUCGAGCUGGAAGUGCACGACUUUACGCGCGAAGAUAUUGCCGAGAAGAAGGCCUUCUUGCUCAAUGACAAUGGGCAGAUUGACUACUUCCUUCGAUCAGGUGGCGGACCUCUCGAGAUCCAGUAUAUCAAUAUGCUGGGUGCGCACUCGAGUUAUUGGGCUAAUCCUGACUUGAUCCGAAUGCUAUGUAUGGAGAUUGGACGCAGACCAGGGAGGGCGCACACCCUCCCCGCUAUGAGAGCUGUCAAGGCAGGAAAGAGAGCCUUGCCUUCGGCGCCUUCGUAG